AGGAAGCAGAAGAUUCGCAGGAUGGUAGGAGAUCUCAGGUGGGGGACAACCCGACGGUCCCGGCAAUGGGAUCCUUCUGUGCCCGAAUGUGUGUGAAGUUGUGCGCACAUUGUGGACAUAUGUAUGUACAUACAGCUGUUCGGUAUCUUCACCACACGUCGAAAAUGUGUUCGCGGUGUGCGAACGUUCGUAGAUUUUAGCUGACCACGCUCCGAUUCAUCCGUCACGUGCGAUCGACACGUGCAGCCGCGCCGUUCGCUCGCGAAGUUCAACGCCGAGCCGAAGUCUCCACGCGGCAUAGACACCGGAAUGUUGCUUCUCGUGCUCGCGAGCGUCCUCACCACCAGCUGCUCCGGCGCCGGCGACCUCGACCUAGGCACGAUCGUCUUCGCGAACGUCUUGUACAGACAUGGAGAUAGAACUCCUAUUGCACCUUACAAGAACGAUCCUUAUAAGAAUGAAUCAUUGUGGCCGGUUCCAUUUGGACAAUUAACAAAUAUUGGGAAACAUCAACACCUACUUCUCGGACGCUGGCUAAGGAAACGAUACUCCGGUUUUUUAAGCGAUAUUUACACACCAUAUGACAUUUAUAUUCAAAGUACAGACGUAGAUCGUACCCUGAUGUCAGCCGAGGUCAAUCUCGCAGGUCUUUAUUCGCCAGUAAAGAACGAAAUAUGGGACAACAACAUCUAUUGGAUACCGAUUCCUGUACAUACCGUACCGGCACAGGAAGACUACGUGCUGAAGGCGAGCAAGUAUUGCCCGCGAUACAAAUAUGAGCUGGAGAAGCUCUUAACAUCGCCGGAAAUGGAAAAUAUAAAAAAAGCAAACGCGAAGCUCUUUGCCUACUUAACUGAGCACAGCGGGGAAAAUAUAAAUUCGAUUGGAGCAGUUGAACAUCUAUAUGAUAAUUUAUAUAUUGAGACAUUGUACAACAAAACUCUACCGCAGUGGACGAAAUCGGUGUUUCCAGAGGAGUUGAAACCUCUCGCUAUAUUUAGCUUCAUGAUACAGGCUUAUAAUAAGAUACUUCAAAGAUUAAAAGCAGGUCCUCUACUUGGAGAAAUGAUAGAUCACAUGGUCAAGAAAGCACAACAUACCUUACAACCUGAUAGAAAGAUAUGGAUGUACAGUGCUCAUGAUGAGACCAUAGGAAAUUUACUUAUGACUUUGAACGUAUUUGACUCUCAUCCUCCACCUUACGCUGCUGUGGUUCUUAUCGAAUUAAGGACAAACUCAAAAAAUCAGUAUUUUGUGACAAUUUCUUAUAAAAAUACGACGAAGGAACCAAUUCUUAUGGCAUUACCGGGCUGCAAUAGGUUAUGCCCUUUGAAUGAAUUUAUUAGUUUGACGAAGGACGUUGUACCUGAGGAUUGGGAAAGAGAAUGUCAAAUAAGUCGAAAUGAGAUAAGUUCUAGCGAUGUCAUCGCAAUUCUGACAUCGUCCAUAUUAAUGCUAGUUUUAUUGGUCCUAAUAAUAAUCGGCUUUAUAUAUUGGCGACAUAAAAAAGAACAUAGACAGUAUUAUUUUCGCUUAGCAUACAAUGGCUAUAACGAUGCCAUAUAACGAGUAUUUGACAAAAAUAAUUGAUAUAGUGAAAACUGAUAUGGUAUUAAAGAGUAUAGGUUAAUCAUUUGUUAUUAACGCCAUAAUAAAAUUAAGCGU